AAAAACAACAGCUGAUCGCGGCGUAGCUGAGCGAAAAAGUGAAAAACUCUCUUAGUUUUUAUCGAAAUCGGUGCAGUUUCGCCUAAUUUCUGCGGUGUUUUCGUGUUACCGUUGUAAAAAGGUCUUAAACAACUUAAAAGUGAUUAAUUCUGCAACUAAAUCUGGACAAAUAAAACUGCAAAAAAACAAGUAAACUAAGAGAAGUUCACUUCUUCAACACCGAUCUUCGCUCCAGCAUUUGCAACAUUGAUGGGAGCAAAAAGUCUUGCUGUUUCCUUGUUUAAAAACAUAGUCCGCAACUCUGAUACAUUACUCGGAAAUAGAGCUCAAACUAGAGCUUCGCUGUUGUCCAGAUUUUGUGGCACAUCCUUGGCUGGUAAAAUGGAGAAGGUGUAUUUGAGAAAUGCAAGUGAUACCAAAGAACUGGACAUUGUGUUUCGCUUUGUGAAUGAGAAUUUGAAAAUAAACCGGGAAUUCAAUUUCCGUCGCCAGAUGAAUGAGCCCAUAGAUGCAAUACUGGCCAGAAUUCAGAGUAAUAUUAUAGGCAGGCUGGCAAAGUCCUGCAAAAAAGCAAAAAUCAAACCACCGGCAGAAAUCAAUGUUAAACUUCUGAGUGACAAUUUUGAUGGAAAAUUGAAUGAAUUGACAUUUGACGAUCUAGUCGCCACCCAAGAUAUCAGCAACGUAAAACUGCAGGUGUUGGAUACGGUCUACGAUUUGGUGUUCAAUCCACCGUGGAUUUCAUCCCUCAAAUUGCCCUCAUGCAUGUUGGCAGGAUUUGUAAUAUACCCCACCAAUGUUCAGAUACAAUUCGGAGAACGUCAGUUCAGCAAAGGAGUUUGGUCCAAGGCCAAAAAGCUCACAGACGACGAUUGGGAGGUGUGCGGAGAAGGAUUUCAAUAUCUAGUCACUCCUGAGGAUAUUGGUUACCAUUUGAAGUUCGUGGUAACGCCUGGAAAUGCACAGGGAAUGACGGGUCCUGUGGUCGAGAAGAUAACCAACUCUGCAGUGCAGGAAUCUCCCGGGCCUUGUCCAUUCCAAGAUCGCCACAGGCACACCACGAAUUAUCUGAGCGAACCCAAUGAAAUUCGUGUGGUGUCCUACAAUCUGUUGGCCGAUUUAUAUGCCAGUAGUGACUAUGCCGGCAGCACUCUGUUCUCCUAUUGCCCGGCAAAGUAUCUGCAAAUAGACUAUAGGAAGCCACUCUUCAUCAACGAGAUCAUCGGUUACAACUCCGAUAUACUCUGUCUGCAAGAGGUCGAUCAGCGGAUAUUUGAUUUUGAUUUAAAAGAAAUUCUAGAACAACCGCCGUAUAACUAUCACGGCAUAAUUGCACCGAAAGGCAAAUGUGCUGAGGGAGUGGCCAUUUUCUUUCGGAACUCGCGCUUUGACCUCUUGGAUUCGCAGGUUCUGCAUUUGGGGUCCAAUAUUCCCGUACUGCCCGUAUUUGAAAGCCUUUGGAAUAAGAUCAAAGUUAACGCACAAUUGGCAGACCGAAUUUGUGAACGGUCCACCACUCUGCAAACUUGUUUGCUUAGAAUAAAGGGUACCGAUAGCUACGUUCUGGUGGCCAACACGCAUUUAUACUUCCAUCCGGAUGCAGAUCACAUUCGCCUGCUGCAAAUCGGAUUUUCCAUGCUUUUCGUAGAGCAGACUAUUAACAAAGCUAUAAAGGACUUUAACAUAAGUAGCCACAAAAAUAUUGGACUAAUAUUUUGUGGCGAUUUCAAUAGCGUUCCCGAGUGUGGAAUCUACAAGCUGAUGACGGAGCAGCUCGCCGAAAAAACUCUGGAGGACUGGCGAAGUAAUGUCGAGCAGGCGGUUUCGAAUGUGGAACUCUCGCAGCCUUUUAAAAUGGGAUCGGCCUAUGGGGCACCGGAGUAUACCCACUACACCACCCUGUUUUCGGGUUGCUUGGACUAUGUGUUCUACCAAAACGAUCGCUUCGAAUUGCUGAAGGUGGUGCCACUGCCAACAGAGGAGGAGUUGAAAGCCAAUACAGCGAUACCAUCGGCUGUUUUUCCAUCCGAUCAUGUUGCUCUUGUAGCAGAUCUCAAAUUUAAGACAGAUUCAUAAAUUUUUGGGCUUGCAACUUGGGGAUUUCCAUGCUUAAAUGUAAUAAUACUAAUUUCUUCUUUAUAUAACAAACAAAAUUAGUUCACCAAAUCCUGGUCUAUUAACAAAUGUUUCUUCUGCUUUCUUUCUUAAGCAAUGGCAUAUAAAAAAAAAACUGAGAAAGUAAAACAGGGAAAAUAAACCGAAAUAAAUUGCGGAAUGAAGUGACAACAAAUUGAGUAAAUCCCUGAGUGGCUUAGCUCGCCUGCAAGCAGCUGGCUGGCUUUCCCGGCAUCUGCUCCUGUUUUCCGGCUGAUUGCAGGACGCAGAGCAAUUAACGUGAAAAUUCGCCAAGGAAAAACGCUCCGUUGCGGAGGUGGCGCCAACAACAAUGGCGCGAAAAGCUGAAAGAAAAUCCGAGAGCGAAAAAAUAUCCCAAGCCAACUGAAGUGAUUUUCGCACUAAUUAACUGCACUUAGUUGACACAUACCAAUCUAUUCACACCGCCACUCCCACACAAAGUUGUCGUUGGCCAUAAUCAGAGCCAGUGCAGCAUUUUAAUUGGUUUCCACAGUGCUGCCAAUAUAAAGUCCCACAUGUGCAAUCGGAAUUUUCCACAGAAAUUAUUAGAAAGCAAAUGAAAUGUGGCCCGAUGUGUGCUUCACACUCUCGUCGAAAAUAAUAGUACGCCUAACUUGAUUUCUAUGUUAAAUACUUUUGUUAGAUACCAUAAGAUAUUUUUAAAAAUAUUUUUAAAAAUAUUUAAAAUGUCCAGAAUACUCUAAACUAUGCAUAAUAAAUAUGAUUUGUACUUGA